AUGGCAAACAUCAGCAGCGUGUUCUCCGAGACCCUGCAGGAGAUUACCAAAACAAAACUUGAAGAGCUCGCCAAACGCCGUGCGAGCUUUGAAAAGUCUAAAUCUGAUGCCAUUGCAUGUGCCACUGCAAGUGCAGGAGAUACGAUCCGUGCUGUUGAUGCUCUCAGCACUGGAGUCAAGCGAUGCUUCGGCAUAGCGCUUGACGACUCCGGGUCUGUCAUCCUCCAACGCACCAAGCACCACCAGCUCGAGAUUGAACUGAAAAACAUUGAUCGUUUUCUCACCCAGGCUCGAUAUGACCCGUCAGUGUCUACUGAGAUGCUGAGGGGUUGGGGAGAGCUUCUCGAGCGCCACCUAGAAACCCAGUCACGUAAAUACGAGUUUGCUGAUCUAUAUGGCAAGCUGGUCACUGAGUGGCUGGAAGCCGAUCGUGCUUCCUCCAAAGAUUCGAGCAGUGACGAAGGCUUCGAAGAUUUGGGGAAUGCGGCAAAGAUGGAAGGACGAAUUGAAUGGGAGAAGAAUGUGUUCACGCCAGCUGAAGUGAAUGAAGAUGCCAUCAGUGACUACCUUGCAAAGCUCUUUGGCAUUCAUAGUCCUCAGAACUCGCCCAAGGGAAAGGUCUAUCAAGCCCUUGAAGAGUUGCGUAAAGUAGUCGAACGAGAAUCCUCACAGAUAGCUUCGGACAACGCGUUUAAUGUGCAGACUCUCAGGUGGACCAUUUCCAGCCUCGUAUCCUCCAACCUUUUGCCAGAUGAGAAGCGCGAGGUCCUGAAGGACUUUUCCAGCAACGAGAUCAUCUUGAACGAAAUUGCUGACGUCCUGAACAUGCGGCUUGCCGCCCUGGACUCGUGGUCCUGGGGUGAUGAAGUGCUGGUCGAGCAGCAUCGGCAAAUCAGCGGGAUAUACAACAUCAACAUGCAGGAAGACCUCCUACAAGCCAUCUUUCUUCAGUAUAUCGGUGUCAAGUGGUCUUUGCUGUUCAAGAAUGCCUUUGAUGGUUUCUAUAAAUAUGGAAAUGGGGCUGCCUGGCUGCGGAUGGGGACCAAGAUCCCCUUGGGGCACAAGCAGAGACUAGAAGAGUGCCUAGGCCCCCUAAAGCACAGAAACAGUGUGCAAAGCAAGCGCCAGGCGCUGUUUCGUCACAAUUACUUUGUCUCCCAGCUUCUAACCUCAGUGCCAGAGCUUCUUGGCCAGAAAACCGAUGAGGGUGAGGAGGAAGCAGAGUAUUCCUCCAUGCAAGCAAAUCAGCCCAGAAAGAGGGCUAUAAACGCCUUGGCUCAAAGGCCGGCUGUGGCUUCUCAGGCAGCAUCUGUGUGUUCGGCGUUCGGAGGUACGUCCCGAGGUGGGGGCUUGUUCGGGUCCGUGUCCACAGCUCCGCCCACGGGUGGGCUGUUCGGAGCUCCGCCCACGGUACAUACUAAUUCACUGUUCGGGGAUCCAGCGGAGCCACACGAGGAAAACCUCUUCGAGCGGAAAUACAAGCUGAGCCAUGUUCCCAUACACCUCAAGCAAAGUCUUCUACACAUCUUCUCCACAGACAUAGCUAUAGAAACUGCCACCAAAGGGGAAAUCAGCGCUUUCCAUUCUGUUCUCAAAGACUGGAAUCCACUACUCCCUCACGAGACCAUCUUGGCUGUUCUCAAGUUCUUGGGCGUCUCCUCCAAGUGGCUCGACUUUUUCUCCAGCUUCCUCCGCGCGCCCCUCAGGUUCGUUGGGGACGACCCGUCCUCGACCGAGCCCAGAGUCAGGCGCCGGGGCACACCAGCAUCGCACCAACUGAGCGAUGUCUUUGGGGAAUCGGUUCUAUUCUGCCUUGACUUCUCUGUCAAUCAAGCCACCGAUGGAGAGCCUCUGUGGAGGAUCAAGGAUGACAUUUGGUUCUGGUCAUCAAACAGCGUGACCACGGUGAAGGCGUGGAAGGCGGUAUCUGAUUUUGCCAAGGUGACUGGGACCUCAGUGAAGGAUGAGAAGUCUGGGUCUGCCCGGAUCUCGAACGUCAGUUUUAGGGAGGGAGGCAAAUCACGCCCGGUGGAUCCUUCGCUGCCCCAAGGGGACCUGCGUUGGGGGUUUCUGCGCCUGAAUCCUUCCUCGGGACACUUUGAGAUUGACCAAGCCAUGGUCGACAAGCACAUUGUUGAGCUGCGUAAGCAGUUGGACGAGAAAUGUGGAAGCGUACUAGGCUUCAUACAGGCCUGGAACUCAUUUGCGGCGUCUUUCUUCUCGUCCAACUUUGGCAAGCCAGCCAACUGUUUCGGCAGGGCGCACGUGGAUGAAAUGCUGUCCACUCAUCGUCGCAUACAGCAGGACGUCUUUGCUACUGCCUUUGGACAAGGAGAGAGCAGUCGUAAUGCCACCAGUGUUGUUGACUUCUUGAAGAAGCUCAUUGAUAUGCGAUUUGGGGUCAAAGACAUACCUGAUGGAUACCUGUUCUUCCCCGCAGAGCUCGGAGGGUUGAGCCUACAGUCUCCCUUCGUCACGCUUCAGCAGAUUCGGCAGUCAACACUAGAAUCACCCGAGGAGCUCCUCGAGCGGCUGUUCAGGUCAGAGCGGGCGAGCUACGAGUACGCCAAAAAGCUCUACACGGAGUCGCCUAACCACCGGCCUCAACCCGACUCCAUCUUUGCCCCUAAUGCCCGCAAGCCUUUCAUCUCGUUUGAUGAGUUUGUACACUACCGUGAAGCUUUCGAGCACCGUGUGCACGACGGCAUAGUUGGCACAUACACCGUCUCGGACGUAUUUGACAAGCUGAGGCGGGAGCCCAAGCCCCGGCCCAUCGAUGCCGAACACAACGAGAACGGCGCCAUAGGAACCGCGCUUUCCCGACUCAACAGUGGAGGAACGCAUGGGGGCGCCGUCACCUCCCGCAGCAUUGCGCAUCCCUGGAACAGCAUGACUCCCUACUGGCAGUGGGUCACCAUGAUGUACGGCCCAGAGAUUGUGGAGCGGUUUGGCGGUCUGUCUCUGGUGGACGCCGGCCUGCUCCCCAUGGGAAUGGUCAGCAUCUUUCGACAAAAGAGGGUGACAUGGAAGGAGUAG